AUGAUGUCGUCGUCGUCGUCGCCGGCCUGCGGGCUCUGCAUGCAGACCUUUACGCUCUUCCAGCGAACGCGGUACACGUGCCCGUGCUGCCUCGACGUGGUCUGCCGCAACUGCUCGCGCGCGCUCGUUGGCGUCAAGGACGUGCCCCGCGCCGAGCGUCGUACCUGCCUCCGCUGCGCCAACCCGAGUCUCCUCAAGGCGCCCGAGCAGCCCCGCGAUGUCGUGGCCUUUCUUAGCUCGGGCGGCCUUCAACUGCGCGCGCCGGCGCCGCGCGGCCCGAUCAUCGACACGGACACACUCGACUUUGAUUGGGUGCAUCCGUACCCCAAGGCGCCACAGCCUGCGGACGAGUCGGCCCGCAUCGCGGUCGUCGAGACGCUCCGCGUGCCUGAGCACUUGACGGCGCUGCAGCAAGACACGACCUUCGUGAUCCUCCUCGAGAAAGCGAUGGCAGCCACGGACGCCACCAUGGCCGCCAUCUACCUCGUCGACGGCACGCACGCGAUCCCGAUCGCAUCGUCCGGCAUGGUCAUGCAGCGUGUGCCCCGCCUCGAAGCUUUGGCGUCGUACGUCGUCGUCUCGGGCGACGCUCUCGUCGUGGCCGACUCGGCGCUCGACCUGCGCUUCCGAGCGCACCCCGUGGCCACCGAGCUCCACGCGCGCGGCGUCCUGAGCAUCCCGAUGCUGCUGGGCCGCCACGUCAUCGGCACGAUGGAGCUCUUUGGGCGUGACGUGCUUCCGACGCCCGUGCCCGCCAAGCUCCAGUCCGAGCUCACGGCGCUGGCCGCGCUCGCGAGCGGCUUUGUGCAAAACACGUGCAAGACGACGCGGCUCUCGGACAGCGAGAACAGCCUCCGGCCGCGGCGACAGACGGCGCCGGCCAAGAUCGAGACGGACGGGUCGCUUGUCGAGACGAUGGAAGCGCUCUUGACGCAGUCCAUGCGCACGUCCAACUACGUCCACGACAUCAUUGCGUCCCGGUAG